AUGAACAGCAACUUCAUUUCACAGUUGUCUUGUAUCGAUCAAAUUAAUCCAUUGGAGACAGAAACCGGGCCGUCUCCUGAAAAAGCAGAAAUGAAUGAUCUGUGGUUGGGUGGAGCUACGGAUGGAAAAUACACUGGUCCAAUUCGAAUUGUCCUCAGUUAUUGCAAGGGGGACCUAGCCUGGUUGAGCGCGUUCAUUCUCGGAUUUGGUGUUCAAAGCAUCACCGUGGUUUCGAAAUGCGGCGUUUCACCACCAACCAACCUACCAAUCAAGGACAAAGAAUUUAUCGACCUACCAAAUGCCGGGCGUAACGAUCAUACAAUCGCCUAUUCGAUGGCGAAGAUAUCUGCAGAGGAAUCUGACGAUGAUGCUAUCGUUCUUUUCUUGAAGGAUAACAUUGUUGUACAUCAAAAGGCCAACCCACGUAGCCUUUAUGAACUACUUCGCAUCACCGCAAAGAAGGGUUUUGGCUGCUUUCAAGAGCUGAGAAAAGGCAUGUCGUUUUACCACCAGACCGAUGUUUUGAAAAUUUUGAACAUGACAAAGUAUGGAGGCGUUCCUCACUCGACAUCAGAUGGACGAAGAGUAUGGAAUGACAGCAAAGGAUUUAAAUCACCUUUCAAAAACUUGGGACAAUGGCUAGAGUCUCUUGAUAUCUCCUUGCCGUCGCCACUAACUCCAGUAUGCUACGGGGGGAUAUUUGCUGCAAAGCAGACAAAAAUAAAGUCUAUACCGAAAGUAAAAUGGGAAGCCAUUGCGAAAAGUCUAUCAAGAGGGGACAACAUCGAAGAGGGCCACUUUGCUGAGCGCACUUGGGCAGGCUUGCUUUCAGCCCCUCUGUCGGAAGAGGAACAGUGGUCGAUUAUAGGAAAGAGCAGCUAUGUCAAUCGGGUGGCGGCCAAAGAUGGCGGAGGACGAUUAGGCGCAUUAGGCAAUUACAAGCUAAAUCAUCAUCCAGAAACCAAUCGGCAUUUUUACCAAGAGCAAAAAAUGUGA